GUCCAUCCAUCAUCUUUCUCAUGUAAAUUACAUCCUUGACCUUCAUCUAUGUUGCGUUGGACCAGAAUGUUCUAAGCAAUGUAGAGUCCGAAAUUAUACUAUUAUAGUAUUAUAUAUGCCGACGGCCCAAACGUUUCCGCCGAAAACCUAUAAUCCAACGAAUCAACGGUCAAGAUGUAGUCGAAUUUUUUUUUCGGCAAAAUAUUCGAAUCUUUUUAUUUGGAUUUUAAUACUUCCACCGUACGUAUUGACACGCAGACCAGACCUUCAUCUUUGUUAAGCAUAAAUAACACAGAACCUCCUUGGCCUUUUCUUCUCUCAUACGAUCUUGCAUUUUCUUCUCUGUCUGAAAGUUUAGCCGCCGUGUCAAAAUGGUGAAUCCGGUGGGACUCAGGUUUCUUCCGACCGAAGAAGAGAUCGUUGACCACUACCUCAGGUUAAAAAAUCACGGUGGUUCCAACACGAGCCAUGUCGAUCAAGUCAUUAGCACAAUUAAUAUCUGUAACUUCGAUCCUUGGGAGUUACCUCGGCAGUCGAGGAUGGAGUCAAAAGAUAAGGUUUGGUAUUUCUUCGGACGCAAGGAGAAGAGAUAUAACAGAGGUGAACGUCAGAUCAGAAAAACCAAGUCUGGUUUUUGGAAGAAAACUGGAGUUACAAUGGAUAUCAAGCGAAAGAGAUCAGGGCAUCGCGAAAAGAUCGGUGAGAAAAGAGUUUUAGUGUUUCACUCGAGCGGAUCCAAAACCAACUGGAUCAUGCACGAGUAUGACGCUGCUUGCUUGUCUCCUACUCAGGUCAUUUUUUCAAUAACUUCUGUGGGGUUUCCUUUUUUAUUUUAUUGUUGCUUUCUUGUAAUAUUCAAUAGUAUAUUCUGAAUUUUGGACCGUAUUUUUGGUUUAAUUACAGAACAUGACAUAUACAAUCUGCAAAGUUCACAAAAAGGGUGAAGCGACAGAGAUUUCUUCUCCUGGUAGUGAUAUUGAUGCGCAUAGUCUCUCUCUAGGCACUCAUAUGAAUAACUCUGGAGGAGAAUCUAGUACUGCAGCAUCUGAGGUGGGGUCUAUCUCAAUCUCAAACUUUAUAAAUGUAAAGUUUUCAAAACCAUAUUUUAUACACACUAAUUUGUCUUCUUCUUCUUUUGACUUUUAAGGAACCAAAGAAUCCACACCAGCUUAGUGGUUUUUUUGAUAAGAAGCAAGAAACGGAGCUCGAAGAAGCAAUUCACGGGGCUUUCGACAAUCUGUCAAGUUAUGAUUGGAAAUACUUGCUUGGUGAUGAUGAGCAGAGUAAGACUGUUUCUAUGCAAAACUCAUUGACCGGUGUCUUCGACUGGGCAUAAAUCUAUCAUCUAUCUCCAACAAGAGUAGCAAAAUGUUGUUAUGUCCCUCGAUCAAGAAGAAAAGAGCUGCUAUAUUUUAAAAUUCACCUGUUUUCAGUAACAUGAUUUUGUACUUUCCAAAUCUGUACACGUACUAUACAUUAUGUCUUGGCUUGUUGUUUUGUAGCGUUAUUGUAUUCCUUAAACAUAUUAAGAAAAUGAUGUUGAAUUUUUUGAUGAGAAGUGAUUCGAGUAGACAAGAUUGUAAUCAUUUUAAAUAUUGAUAACAACUAUCAAAAGUCUCAAAUCCUCUCUGACGUCGCAAUCAGCCUCUCCUCAUGACCUACCGAAUCCCCACAAGACAUUAUACAGUUUUCUACAGAAAAGGAAAAUAAGUCUAGCAUCAAAUCAAAUUACUUUAUUUCAAGAGUCUUUUUAUUAACUCCACAUCAUACUUAU